UUGUGUGACGUGACAGAGUCAGCCUCAGUGGAUGUGCUGCUGACGAACCUCAUCAAGGGGAAUCUGCUUCCCUCUGCUCUCCUCUGGAUAACCUCUCGACCAGGAGCAGCCAAUCAGAUCCCUCCUGAGUGUGUAGACCAGGUAACAGAGGUACGAGGGUUCAGUGAUCCUCAGAAAGAGGAGUACUUCAGGAAGAGGAUCAGUGAUCAGAGCCUGGCCAAUAAAAUCAUCUCACACAUGAAGUCUUCAAGAAGGCUCUACAUCAUGUGCCACAUCCCAGUCUUCUGCUGGAUCUCAACCACUGUUCUAGAGAGAAUGUUGGGUGAAGCAGUGAGUGGAGAGAUCCCCCAAGACUCUGACUCAAAUGUUCACACACUUCCUGAUCUUUCAGAUCAAACACAAGGACCAAAAGUACCAUCAGAAAUGUGACCCUGAUCCUCAGCAGACCAGGGAGAGUAUCCUGGCACUGGGAAAUCUGGCUUUCCAACAGCUGGAGACAGGAAACCUGAUCUUCUAUGAGGAAGACCUGAGAGAGUGUGGCAUUGAUGUGAGAGAAGUGUCUGUGUACUCAGGAGUGUGUACCCAAACCUUCAGAGAGGAGUUUGGGCUUCACCUGGGGAAGGUGUUCAGCUUUGUACAUCUGAGUGUUCAGGAGUUUCUGGCUGUUUUAUACACAUUUCUCUCCUUCAUCAGCAGAAAUGUAACAGAACAACCAACCACUAAUCUGUCUGAUCUUCUCACCAAGUCAGACAUGUCUGAUCUCCUCAAGAGUGCAGUGGACAAGGCCUUACAGAGUGAGAACGGACACCUGGACCUGUUCCUCCGCUUCCUUCGGGGUCUCUCACUGGAGUCCAAUCAGAGUCUCUUACGAGGGUUAAUGCCACAGACAGGAAGCAGCUCUCACAGCAAACAGGAAACAGUCGAGUACAUCAAGGAGAAGAUCAGGGAGAAUCCAUCUCCAGAGAAAUCCAUCAAUCUGUUCUACUGUCUGAAUGAACUGAAUGAUCAUUCUCUAGUGCAGGAAGUACAGACUUACCUGAACAGAGGAGGUCUCAGUCGUCUCAGGGGAACCAGACUCUCUCCUGCUCAGUGGUCAGCUCUGGUGUUUGUGUUACUGAACUCAGAUCAGGAGCUGGAUGUAUUUGAUUUGAGUAAAUAUUACCCAUCAGAGGAAUGUCUUCUGAAGCUGCUGCCAGUGGUCAAAGCCUCCAGAAGAGCUGUGCUGUGUUGGUGUGAUCUGACAGAGGAAAGCUGUAGAGUUCUGUCCUCAGUUCUCAGAUCAAACUCCAGACUGAGAGAACUAGACCUGAGUGACAAUAACCUGCAGGAUUCAGGAGUGAAGCUGCUCUCUGCUGGACUGGAGAAUCCACACUGUACACUGGAGAUACUGAGGUACACACACACACACACACACACACACACACACACACACACACACACUCUGUACACUGGAGAUACUGAGGUACACUCACACACUGUACACUGGAGAUACUGAGGUACACACACACACUGUACACUGGAGAUACUGAGGUACACACACACACACACACACAGAGAGAUUAUAAUAAUAAUAACUUUAUUUAUAUAGCACUUUUCAUACAUAAAAUGCAGCUCAAAGUGCUUCACAAUGCAAAGGAAUCAAAAACACGCUGUUUUCCUGUGUGUGUCUCUUUAAAUGCAAAUGAGCUGCUGUGCCCCGCCCCCUUUCCGGAAGAGAACAGCUCCUGUUUCGGGUACUACAUUAGCCGUGGAAUCUGCUAACAAGCUCAUUCGGAAAGGUGAUUUACAAACACUCACAAAAUAUAAAGUGCGAUACUUACGUCUUCUGGAUAUGAAGCUGGAUCACGAACAGUUGGUACUGAUCCGUUCUUGAGAAUAAAGUAUUUAGUAAAUCCUGCUUUGUAUUGACCUGCGUUCACACAGCAGUCUGGUGUGAAAUGAUUUCAGGGAUUUUUGGAGCACGAGCCCAAGUCUGAGUCCAAAAGUAUGGGAUUAAUUUUCCAUCAAAAGUUUUGCGGUCACGGAUCGAAAAAUAAUAAUUGUGAUUCAAACAUUUAAAAACACGUGAAAUUAUAUCACACAAAACUGAGCCAUGAAUUCAAAGUCUUCUGAAUCACACAAGAUCAUGUUUCCUUGGUGAUAUUACUGUGU